AUGGCACCUCGCAAAUCUAAACCUACCCCCAAUGCCUCUAAGCCUGCGCGUACAACCCGUGCCAGCUCAAAAGCCAACAACACUCCUCUAUUGCAGGGUCUUAACAGUCAAGGACAGGCCCAAGGUGCCCCCAGCGCAGCUCCUGCUCCUGUACCUGCUCCUACUCCUCAACCCAGUCCUGCCGCCCGCAGAGCCAGAGCUGUCCCUGAAGCGCCUCUGCGACAAACCCGAGCCCGUUCAAAACUCAACAACGCCCCUCCUCUGAUGAACGGUCUUGACGAUCGUGGAGAGGCUCGAGAUCCCCUCAGCGCAGAUCCCGCUCCUCUUCCAUUUGACGAUGUCCUCGAGAGUCUAGGCCGUGGUCGGAAUUCCGCAUCGAAGGCAAACAACAAGAGAAGGAGGGCGCACAAGGUCGCUGUCCGAACACCUUCGCGAACACCCUCGCCACUGCCUGCGCCUGCGCCUGCGUAUGUGCCUGGUUCUAUUCCUAUUCAGAAGCCUGAGUUAAUCGCAGAGGCUCCGGCAUCGCCAGAUCACGAUUGGCCAACAGUUGAUAGGCCUAUACCGCCAGGAGCCCAGAUCCUAUGGUUUACCAAAGAUGGGCAGCCUUCAGCCGGACCGGCCGUAGCCAACAACGAAGGCGAUGCUCAAGGUACGGCAGCUGGUGAUGAUCAAAACCAAGAUGCAAAUGCCAUAGACAACGAUUCAUCAUCAGACAUGGACGACAUGGAAGAUAUUCCUGCAAGGCCCAGAAUCAAAGUUCAUGCAAAUUACGGCCGUAACCGUGUUGUGGAGGAGGAGGAGGAGGAGGAAGAGGACUCCGAUCUAUCAGAUCUCCCUGACACUCCUGAAACUCCUAGUCAUUUUGGUUCUUCUGGUUCAGACUCUUCCGGUCAAUCCCCUAAUGACGACAGCAUGGCCAUUGCCUCUGACUUCGAGGAGUGGGAAGGGUUCCCUGAUUUUCCUGAUUCUCCCGAACCUCCCAGUCCUGCUGGUCCUCCUGGUUCAGACGCUUCCGGUCAAUCCCCUAAUAACAACGACAUGGUCAUUUCCUUUGACUUCGAGGAGCGGGAAGGGCUCGCUGAUUCUCCUGGUCGUCUUGAUUCUCCUGGUCCUGUUGGCUCUCCUGGUCAUUUUGGUUCUUCUGGUCCAGACGCUUCCGGUCAACCCCCUAAUGACGACGACAUGGUCAUUUCCUUUGUAUUCGAGGCGCCGGAAGGGUCCCCUGAUUCUCUCACUACUAUUGAAAUAGAAAUUGAAGAUGACGAAGAAGAUAGACCUGGUCCAUCUGACUCUGAGGGUUCUGACCAUGACGGUUCAGCCAGCGAGGGUGUCGCCGGCGGUGAUGAUGCCCUCGACGAGGAACCCCGAGAUUUCCCUCCCUCAAAUGGCAGCUCUCCGAAUUCCAUUCCUGAUCGGUAUAGGAGAGGUUCAGCCUUCACACCCAUCAACGCUCACUGGACUUCCCAUCCUCAGACAAGACACAGUCUGGCUCCAGAUGGUACUUCGCUCUUUAUCCGAGGUCCAAUUGCACCGGUUGCUCCCAUGGGUUUAACAUCUCAAUCUCCGUCGGUGAACGCUUCUGUCGUUUUGAUGGAGAGUGAUCCGGACGACGACGGCCCCGACGAUGAUGACGACCCUGGCGAUGAUGACGGUCCUGACGACGAUUCAUCCCCCUCGAGAAGUUCCGCUUCCACUAAGAGUGAAGAUGGUGAUGACAAGAUGGACCAGACUGCCGAUACCUCGUUUAACACCCCCCAUAACUGCUCAAAUGGUUCUGUCAAGAGACGCAGAGAUACCGAUGAUGAUGAUGAUGAUGGCAAUGCUUCCCCUGCAAAGCGUCAGAAGUCGGAAUCGGUAACCCCAAGUCCUUAUAAGAAAGCAACUCAAAGUACUGCACCCCUUGACUCUUCAUAUUCGUCUUCCAAGUCUCACAAUCCUAGUGACAAGGAGGAUGACAACGAGGAUUGGGCAAGGAAGCUGGGUUUGUUGCAAUCCAGGAGGUCGUCCUCGGACCUUCUCAGUCCAUUGAUCAAGCCCACGAUCGACCCGGAAAUGCCCGGUCUUUACGGCUCUACCCUCAGGCCCCGUCUACACAUUUCUUGCGCAGACCCAUUGACGUCGAUGAGAGAGGCGGGACUUGAGACGCAUCCCGACUUCAAGAAGUACUUCGAGCCGGACGCAGAACCGUGCUACUUUCAGGCACCGCAGUUAGACCAUCCUGUUGGUAACAGUAUUCGAGUCCAUCCUACGCGUAUGGCUAAGUAUAAGCUGGAUCUUAUGAAGGCAAAGAUGGCUAGUGAGGCAGAAGAAGCUGCUUAA